AUGAAACAAAUUUUAAAAUUACAAAUAAACCAAAAAUUGAAGGAAUCACCUCAGUUUCAUCCAGAGAAGGUGGAAAUGAUAUCGCAUACAACUGGUCAAAUAGUAACAAUUACUGGUGUUUCAGUUCAUACUAAAAAAAUUGAAGGAUCCUCAACUGUAAAUUUACCUAUAAGCAUAUAUGUUGGUAGCGGUGAAAAUAUUGCAAAAUGUAAAAGUCCCAAUAGUAAUGAUGGUAUUCAUCUAGAGUGUUUAUUGGAACCAGGAGUUGGUAGGGACUUGCCAUUAUCAGUUAGCAUUGAUAAUCCGUUAGUUUCUGGUAUUGAAUAUAAUGUAAGUGGAUUGGUAACACUAUUUGGUUAUAAUUUUGGAAGAGAUAUAAACAAAAUAUCCAUAGUAUCUGGUGAAACACAAAUUAAAAUUUCAAAUGUUAACGAUUCGUGUUUGCAAUUUAUGACACCCAAAUUACUUCAUGGACUUCACUAUUUGGAUAUAACUGUUGGAAUACCAGAUCAUCAAAAUAUACAGAAACAAUAUGAAUUUGCUGUUAAACCCGUAAUUUUAAAAAUAAACUCAAUCCCUGUAAGUGGAGGUGAAGUUACAAUAUAUGGCAACUACCUUAGCCCAAGAGCUGCUAUUUCAUUUAGAUCUCAAAGAGGAACUCCAUCAGGUAUUCCAUGUAACAACAUAACCAUAUAUGAAGAUAAUACAAUAUUAAAAUGUAAUGUUAAAGGUAUUUCAGGUCAAGAAAUUAAACUAGAUGGAAUUGGUGAAAGAAAAACCACAUCAGGACACAAUAAUAAUAUUUUUAUGAGAAUUAAAGGUAGAAAUGCAAUAAAUCCAAACAAUAUUACAUUUUCAUUUUACCCACCAACUGUUUAUGGAUCUCCCGGUAAAAGUGAUAAUCUUUAA